CGACUCCGACCGCACGCGCACCGAACCCCGCGUCCACUCACCCCGCAUCAUGUCGGACAGCGACUCCGAUCGCGAAGAGCGCGAGGACGAGACCCUCGGCAACCCCGCGGUCGUGGACAAGUACAAGGUCGCCGCGGAGAUCGCGAACAAAUCCCUCGCCGCGGUCAUCGCCGCGUGCGUGCCCGGCGCGAAGGUGGUGGACGCGUGCGCGCUCGGGGACAAGUCAAUCGAGGACGAGGCGGCGAAGUUUUACAACAAGAAGGGCGCCGACGGCCAGAAGAUCGAUAAAGGCAUCGCGUUCCCGACGUGCGUCAGCGUGAACAACCAGGUCUGCCACAACUCCCCCGCGCCGGACGACGACGCGGUGAUCGAGGAGGGUCAGGCGGUGAAGAUCGAUCUCGGCGCGCACGUGGACGGGUACGUCGCCGUCGUCGCGCACACGCACGUCGUCGGCGCGGAUGACAGGGUUCCCGCGGGGGCUCAGGCGGACGUCAUGGAGGCUGCGGUCGUCGCGUCCGAGGCGGCGAUCCGGAAGCUCCGCCCCGGCGCGAGCACGUCCGACGUCGCCAAGGCGAUCGAGACGGUCGCGAACGACUACGGCGUGAAGAUCGUGGAGGGGGUUUUGACGCACUCGAUGAAGCGAUUCGUCAUCGACGGCAACAAGGUGGUGCUGAAUAAGCCGACGCCGGAGCUCAAGGCGGACGAGACGACGAUCGAGCUCAACGAGGUGUACGCGCUGGACAUCGUGCUCAGCACCGGCGAGGGGAAGCCGAAGAUGCAGGACGAGAAGGAGACGAACGUGUACAAGCGCGCGAUCGAGAAGAACUACAAGCUCAAGAUGCAGGCGUCGCGCGCGGUGUUUUCGGAGAUUUCCAAAAAGUUUCCCACGAUGCCGUUCACGAUGCGCGCGAUGGGGGACGUCCGCGGCGCGAAGCUCGGCCUGUCCGAGUGCAUGAAGCACGAGCUCUUGCACGAGUACCCGGUGUUGUACGAGAAGCCCGGGGACGCGGUCGCGCACGUGAAGUGCACGGUGUUGGUGAUGCAAAACGGAAACGACCGCGUCACGACGUUCGCGCCGCAGGUCACGAAGAGCGAGAAGGAGCUGAUGGACGAGGAUCUCAAGGCGCUCAUCGCGGAGCCGCUGAAGAAGAAGAAGAAGAAGGCGAAGAAGUGAGCGACGAGGAGCGGUCGGCGCGGUCGGCGCGGUCGGCGCGGUCGGCGCGGUCGCGGUCGCGGUCGCGUGACGCGCUUGAAGGUACUGUGAACGAACGGCGCGACUUUCGCCGUGCGAUAGUAAUAAUACCCUUCGGCGCGACCCGUAUGUAC